UUCCAACUUCCAGCUCUCCAGGCUCCUCCAACCAAUUCCGCGCGCAAUCAUGGGUCGCGAACUCCAGAAAAAGAAGAACAAAUCAUCACUACCUAAACGCCGCCAAAACCCCAAGUCAAAGAAGAAAAUCCUCGCAAAUCCCAUCAUUGCGGCAAACUGGAACCAAAAAGAAACUCUCACCCAAAACUACCGUCGCCUGGGCCUCACAGCCCGCCUCAACCAUGCAACCGGUGGUACUGAGAAAACUAUCGCGCUCCUCGGCCUUAAUGACCCAGCCUCCUCGCGCGCAGACGCGCCGAAGAAUAGUACGGCGGAUAAGUUGAAUAUCGUUAGCCGCGCACCGGAGACCGCGCAGCUGGAAGAAGUUGACGUUGAGCGGGAUCCUGAGACGGGGGAGAUUGUUCGAAUAGGAAGUGGAAAUGAAGGGGAGAGAGACAACCCGCUGAAUGAUCCGUUGAAUGAACUUGAGGACGAGGGCGAGGGCGAGGGGUUGGGGGAGUGGAACGGGUUUGCUAUGGUGCCUGAGGAACAGGAGCCACAAGCAAAUAGCAGAAAUCCCGUGAUUCGGCAGCUGGAGGAGCAGGCAAGGAAUGGGGUGAAGAAAACGCCGCGGAAACAGAGCCAAAGAGAGGAAGAGUGGAUCGCGAGGCUGGUGGAGAAGUAUGGGGAUGAUUGUAAGAGGAUGGUGUGGGAUCGAAAGUUGAACCCGAUGCAGCAGAGUGAGGGAGAUUUAAGGAGGAGGGUUAGGAAGUGGAGGGAGGGACAUGGGCAGGGUUGAAGAUCUGAGUGGAGCUGGGAGAAGGGAAAUAGGAUCUUAUGCUUCUCCAACAACGCCCCCGGUAAUGCCUUGUAAAGCGCCAAGAUCCUUUCCGAAGCCCGACAGUGAAGGCUAGUUGCUGGCGAGGGCCAAGGAAAUGUAGGGAGGCCCAUAAGAAGGGAAGGAAUAUGGAUUGGGUCGGAAUAGAGGGAAGUUUGACUUUCUAUGAAGCAAGGUCUCAUUGUACCCUGCUAUCUGUACACUGCGAGACUGAACACAUGUAUGUAUCAUAUGAGACUCGCAUCCGAUCCCAGCCAUGAACUAAAG